GUAUUAUGUUUCCCCUCCCCUGCCUCUUCAGCUUCAUGCCUCAGCUCCAGCUCGCAAUAACAUCCAAUAUGAGCCUUGCUGUGCGCUAGGGGAGAGCAUGGGGGGAGACGGAUCCAGCUCUCCGGCGGCACACAGGGCUGGAGAGGAAGUGGAGAGCGCUUACGUUGAGAGAAAGUGGGCAGAGCCAGCGGAGGAUAACAGCGCAGGCAGAGCCGGGGAAGAGGACACACUCAGUAGACGGAGCCAGCGACGAGGACGGAGGGGAGAAGGGGCGCAGCGAUGCGGCCGAAACACCCAUCAAAACACCGAAAAUCGCCCGAAAACACCACACCAGCCCUCGCAGAUGAAGCGGGACAGCGACGGCCGGGAAAAUGGGAUCCCCCCGAUGUUGCACGAAAUGGAUGAAAGAAGAAGGAGAUCCUCUGACUCCAGCAAAAUGGUUUGACAUUUAGCUACAGUGGAACGCGUGAACUGAAGGAUUGGAGUGAUUCACACUUCAGUGAGGACUUAGUUCAGCGUGGAGUGACCUGCAGGUUUUCAAGCCUUGAAAAAAAGAAGACAGCACUACCCCAUUCAACUGGAUAUUGCUGAAGUGGAGACAGCGUUGUUUAACGUGAAGAUGGAGUGAUUUGGCGAUUAGCCAAAUUUUGGCAAGAUGAAAGCUUUUUCUGACUGGACGAUUUUCAACAAUUGGAUUUUUUCCUUUUUGACAAUAUGGACAUUGGAGCACUUUUGCUGGCUGUAUAAUGGACUCAUGGAAAAGUUACAUUGUUACUUUUUUGGGGGAAAAUUUCAGCCUUUGUUCACUUGAUAUUCAAAUGUUGUUUUUAAUAAAGUGAAUGUCCUCGUAUUUUUUCCUGCCUUUGUUUCAUUAGCCAACACGUGUGCUAGCUCCCAACUUAAAAGUAUACUUUUUAUUAAAUUGCAGAUAACAGGUUAUGUAGCAUAUUGGGUGAUGUUUCAGCUUUGUCUUCAUAUUACACUUAAUUAACUCAACAAAUUAAGAUAGUUUGCACUGACCUCGUGCCACUAAGCAUCUUGGCUUUGCCCAUAUAAACAGCAAGCUAACGGGAAUGCUUAAUUUUGUACAGGGUUUUUAUUUUGUUUGUUUGUUUUUUAGGAGUCUUAAUAUUCUGAUUUAAUCAGUCUAAAGUUGAUCAACAAAUGAAGUUAACACCCCAGCUGAUUGGCAAGAUUAAGGCCGAAUGGUCACUGAAUCUACACCACUGUGGUUUAAUCAUUCCCACUGUUGAAUCUGAGCCUAAUCAAUCGCAACCAGAUGAAGAUUUACACUCAUCUGUGUAAGCUACAUCACAAAUAGUUAAUAAAGCCAAAAUGGUUUCCAAAGGCUCCAUAAAAUGGCUCCUGGUGUCCUAUUUCCUGUCUAAACAGGAAGUGAUGCAAAAAAGGCAAAAAGUAUAUAUUUAAUAUACUUUAAACACCCCCUCUGUAUCUCAACCAGCAUAAAAAGGGAAUAAAUUUUCAGUAUUUAGGGUUGGCAUUGGGGAUGAAAGCAUACCCAGAUGUAUAUAAUAGCAGUUUUUAAACAAAAUAAAAGGGGUGGGACUUUAACAUCACCUGAGUGUGGGGUAAAUGGAAAUAACGUCAAUCAAAGGCAAAGCUUUCAGAGCUAGGAAGGAGCUCUAGAUGGCGGAUGAGCCUUGGGAAGGCUGCUAUGGGCUUUCGUCAGACUGUCUGUCGCCUUUUUCGCUAUCGGGACUCUUUCUUUCCGACUUAAAGUUUUCGUUUGCGAAUGACCGAGUCGUGUUUUAACGGGAAACGAAGCGUUUGGUGCAGUUUUUGUUGUUUUUGCGAGCCGUGAGAGCCGUGUCUUGCUGGGCGAGUGCUCGUCGUUGUUUUCCAUACUGGGCUCUGGCAGCCAUGGCGCGCCUCCAUUUUUAGUGCUGCUCGCCUCUGUCGCCCCGAGUCUUACACCACAGCUGAAGAUUGAAAAGGCCUAGCGCAUUUUUUCCAACAAAGUCUAUAUUUUUUCCGUAAUUUAACAUUAAGUUAUUCUUUUACUGGUGUUUAUUUUUUUUUAUUCUGAUGGGAUAAAAUAUUUAAACCCUGUGCUAUAGCGAACGCGAAUCUAAUACUUCAUUAUACCACCUUUCUUCACAUGGAAUUGGUAUGUUUACAUUGUAUAGUGUAUAACUUUACUGUUUUCUCACCCUUUAACCACAUUUUUCUAAUCCUUUAUCUGAUGACGCAGUUAGAAUUAACCUAAUGCAUGCGGCUUGAUCCAUGGAUGAUAUUGAAAGACAUAACGCUGGAUAUUUAACUCAAUGUGAUAGCACCUGUCAUUUUGUCCAGCUUUAUUUUGAAUUAUCGAUAUGAAUGAUGAUCCUUAAAUCGCUCGGAUUCGUAUAUUCUGCUUUUCUCGUGUCGCAACGUCUGGGUUUAAAGUGCCACCUGAGCAAAAAACAAUCUUAAGGGACUCCUAUGGUAGUUCAUGUUUCCUCUUAACUUUUUGACAGUAAAUACCAGGACACAAAAAACACCAUCCUAUCAAAAGACUUUCAGGAUACAACGAUGAUGAAGAAUAAAAAUAAAAAGCAAGAGGAUGAAGGUUCCACACAAAGCAAUGCAUCAAGCAAUUCAGCUUCAGAGGAAUCUAACCAUUCUGGGUCAGAGUCUGGAAGUCAGUCAGACAGCGAGCAUGGCAGCGAGAGGAGGAGGUCCCACAACUCGGAGUCCAACAGCUCCUCAGAGUCAGAGAGCCACUCAGAGUCAGAGAGCGAGUCCACAGAAUCCAAAUCACAGCAAGCCACAGCCGAGGUGAAAGACAAGCCGGUUAGAAAGAAGGAGAGUCUGGCAGAUGUGAAAAAGAUGUGGGAAGAACAUCCAGAUGUUUACGGUGUCAGGAGGUCAAAUCGCAGCAGACAAGAGCCAGCGCGCUUAAAUAUUGGAGCUGGGGGUAGUAGCGACUCCGAGGGUGAAAGUCCUAAGAGAAAAGGAACACGUUCUAAGAAAAAAGAAAAUACCUGGAAAGAUGAUGACUCAAAUGAUGAAGAGGAGGAGGAUGAGGAGGAUUCCAGCAGUACAGACAGUGAGCAGGAAGAGAAAAAAGUUAGAUCCAGACGACUUCCUGCUAGAAGACCUCAGACCAAAUCAGCAACAGUGAAAAAGCAGCAGGCUCAAAAAGGAAGGAAAUCUAGGAAACAGGAGUCAUCCGCUGACGAAGAUGAUGACGAUGAUGACGAUGAUGAUGACGAUGACGAUGAUGAGGAAGACACUCCAAAGAGACAAACCCGAAGAAGAGGUGCAACAAAAGUCAAAAGUUAUAAAGAGGACCAACAUGACUUUGAGACAGACUCCGACGACCUGAUUGAAAUGGCGGGCGAUGUAGGCGAGGAGCAGCAGGAUGAUGACAGUGAGACCAUCGAGAAAGUUAUGGACACCAGAAUAGGCAAAAAAGGAGCUACUGGGGCUUCUACUACUCUUUACGCUAUAGAGGAAAAUGGAGACCCAUGUGAAGGCUUUGACCCAGAGAACGACGAAGGAGAGACUCAAUAUCUCAUCAAGUGGAAAGGCUGGUCCUACAUCCACAACACAUGGGAGAGCAUGGAGUCUCUGACACAGCAGAAGGUCAAGGGACUCAAGAAGCUGGACAACUACAAAAAGAAGAACGAUGAGCUCAAUUCUUGGUUAAGAAAGGCUUCCCCUGAGGAUGUAGAGUAUCAUAACUGCCAGCAGGAGCUCACCAUUGAGUUGAACAAGCAGUUUCAAAUUGUGGAGAGGGUCAUCGCAACAAAAACAGGAAAGACCCAAGGUCCUUCCGACUUUCCCUCUCACAAGACAUCAUCUUCCAAUGAGCCAGAGUACUUAUGCAAAUGGAUGGGCUUACCCUAUGCUGAGUGCAGCUGGGAGGAUGGAGCCUUGGUUAGAAAGAAGUUUGAGCACUGCAUCAACAGCUUCAACAGCCGAAACUCCAGCAAAACAGUUCCCUCUAAAGACUGCAAAGUACUGAAACAACGACCAAGAUUUGUUGCUCUAAAAAAACAGCCAUCUUAUAUUGGAGAUGAGAACCUAGAGCUGAGAGAUUACCAGUUGGAUGGAUUGAAUUGGCUGGCUCACUCCUGGUGCAGGUGCAAUAGUGUCAUUCUUGCUGAUGAGAUGGGUCUGGGAAAGACCAUCCAGACCAUCUCUUUCCUGUCCUACUUGUUCCACCAGCACCAACUCUAUGGCCCCUUCCUGCUGGUGGUGCCGUUGUCCACACUCACCUCCUGGCAGAGGGAGUUUGACACCUGGGCCCCCGACAUGAAUGUGGUCGUCUAUCUUGGUGACGUCAUGAGCAGGAAAACGAUCCGCGACUAUGAGUGGGUGAACCAUCAGACGAAAAGAAUACGCUUCAAUGCACUAUUAACCACUUAUGAAAUUCUACUGAAAGACAAGGGGGUUCUUGGGAACAUCAACUGGGCAUUCUUGGGUGUGGAUGAAGCUCACAGACUGAAGAAUGACGACUCCCUGCUGUACAAAACAUUAAUUGACUUCAGGUCCAACCACAGGCUCCUCAUUACUGGCACCCCGCUGCAAAACUCCCUCAAAGAGUUGUGGUCACUUUUGCACUUCCUAAUGCCUGACAAGUUUGAGUCCUGGGAGGAUUUUGAGGACGAGCAUGGGAAGGGCAGAGAAAAUGGAUAUCAAAGCCUUCACAAAGUCCUUGAGCCGUUCCUCCUCCGACGUGUCAAGAAAGAUGUGGAAAAAUCUCUGCCCGCCAAGGUGGAACAGAUCCUCCGUGUAGAGAUGAGUGCCCAGCAGAAACAAUUCUACAAGUGGAUUUUAACAAGGAAUUACAAAGCUCUCUCCAAAGGCACCCGAGGCAGCUCCUCUGGCUUCUUGAACAUUGUUAUGGAGCUGAAAAAGUGCUGUAACCAUGGUUUCCUCAUUAAACAGCCAGAAGAGGGAGACACUGAAACACAACAGGAGCACCUGCAGAGUCUAGUGAAAGGCAGUGGAAAGUUGGUGCUGCUGGACAAGCUGCUCACCAGACUUAGAGAGAGGGGCAACAGAGUCCUCAUCUUCUCCCAGAUGGUCAGGAUGUUGGACAUUCUGGCUGAAUACUUGGCCCUCAAACGCUACCCAUUCCAGCGGCUGGACGGUUCCAUAAAAGGAGAAAUUCGAAAGCAGGCACUAGACCACUUUAAUGCAGAGGGCUCAGAGGACUUCUGCUUCCUGUUGUCCACGAGAGCUGGAGGCCUGGGAAUCAACCUGGCCUCAGCAGACACCGUGGUUAUCUUUGACUCAGACUGGAACCCUCAAAACGAUCUGCAGGCACAAGCCAGGGCUCACAGGAUUGGCCAGAAGAAACAGGUGAACAUAUAUCGAUUGGUCACUAAAGGAACAGUGGAGGAGGACAUCAUUGAGAGGGCAAAGAAGAAGAUGGUUUUGGACCAUCUUGUCAUUCAGAGAAUGGACACCACUGGUCGAACUGUACUGGACAACAACUCAGGAAAUUCAAAUUCAAAUCCAUUCAAUAAAGAAGAACUGACUGCUAUCCUAAAGUUUGGUGCAGAGGAUCUUUUCAAAGAGGCAGAGGGAGAGGAGUCUGAGCCACAGGAGAUGGAUAUUGAUGAGAUCCUCAGGUUGGCUGAAACAAGAGAGAGUGAUCAGGGAUCGAGUGCAACAGACGAGCUUCUCUCUCAGUUUAAGGUGGCCAAUUUCUCCAACAUGGAAGAGAGCACUCCAGAGCUUGACGAAAAGCAUUCUCGGGAUUGGGAAGAAAUCAUCCCUGAGGACCAGCGGCGCAAACUGGAGGAGGAGGAGAAGCAGAGGGAGAUGGAGGACAUCUUCAUGCUGCCUAGAAGCAGGAGCUCAAACAAGAGGGCUCAGGCCAACGAUAGCGAUAGUGACGUAGGCUCCAAGUUGAAGCACCGCUCCUCAGGGUCAGACAGUGAGACGGACGAUAGCGAGGAUGACAAGAAGCCAAAGAAAAGAGGCAGACCCCGAGCCCGCAAAAACAAUGUGGAGGGUUUCACAGAUGCAGAGAUCCGCCGGUUCAUUAAAUCAUAUAAGAAAUUUGGAUCUCCACUUGAAAGACUAGAAGCUAUUGCCAGAGACUCUGAGCUGGUGGACAAAUCUAUAGCAGACCUCAAGAGACUGGGUGAAUUGAUUCAUGCGAGUUGUGUCACUGCAGUGCAGGAGCAUGAGGAACACCUUAAAGAGAAUCCUGCUGAAGCCAAAGGUCCUGGGAAACGCCGAGGGAUUAAUAUCAAAAUUUCAGGAGUGCAAGUCAAUGCCAAGUCAAUCAUCCAGCAUGAGGAAGAGUUUGAGCCCUUACACAAAGCUGUGCCGUCCAAUUCUGCAGAGAGAAAUAAGUUCCAGCUGACAUGCAGGGUUAAGAUCGCCCACUUUGACGUGGACUGGGAUCUGCAGGAUGACAUUCAGCUCUUGCUUGGCAUCUACGAACACGGUUAUGGCAAUUGGGAUCUGAUCAAGACUGAUCCUGACCUUAAGCUGGUAGAUAAGAUUCUCCCAGAUGACCCAGGCAAGAAGCCUCAGGCCAAGCAGUUGCAGGCCAGAGCAGACUAUCUUCUGAAGCUGCUGAAGAAGGAACAAGAGAGUAAAGACCUGUCUAAAACAGGAGAGGAGGCCAAAGUAAAGAAGAGGAAGCCUCGGAUAAAAAAGGAGAACAAGAUCCUCAAGGACGAGCAGGGCAAUGACAUCUCCUCCCCUCGCCUGUCGGACAACCCGUCAGAGGAGGGCGAGGUCAAGGAUGAUGGAAUUGAGAAGUCCCCCGCCAAGAAGAGACAAAAGAAAAAGGAUAAUAAAGAGAACAAAGAAAAACAGGGAACUCCUAAAAAGGAGAAGGAAGGGGACAAAGACAAAAAGGGCACCAAGCCCAAAAAAGAAAAGGCCAAAGGAACCAAAGGGAAGAAGAGCCAGGGUCCAGUCCACAUUACUGCUGGAUCCGAGCCUAUUCCCAUUGGAGAGGAUGAUGACGAACUAGACCAGGAGACCUUCAGCAUUUGUAAGGAGCGCAUGAGGCCAGUGAAGAAGGCCCUGAAGCAGCUAGACAAGCCUGAUGAGGGCCUUUCUGUCCAGGAGCAGCUCCAGCACACUCGCACAUGCCUACUGAAGAUAGGAGACCGAAUCACAGAGUGCCUUAAAGCCUACAAUGACCCCGAGCAUGUCAAAACAUGGCGACGAAAUCUCUGGAUUUUUGUGUCCAAGUUUACAGAGUUUGGUGCCAGGAAGCUUCACAAGCUUUACAAGAUGGCACAGAAGAAGCGGUCACACGAAGAAGAGAAGGAACAGAAGAAGAAGGAGGACCCUGCAGGGAGGGUGAAGCCUUUCAGACCAGAGCCAUCUGGGUCCAGUCGAGAUUCCACUGGUACGCAGCCAUCCUCAAAGUCUAUGUCUCACCCCUCGCAGCCAGGGUCCCACGGACACCACCGAGAACCGUACAACCCCACCAACAAGCGGCACUUCGGGAAUGAUGAUCGAGGAGAUUGGCCAAGGGACCGUAAAUAUAAUUACCCAGGUAACAGCAACCAGCCGUGGCAAGGAGAUCGGCAUCAUCCGUACGAUCAGCAUCGCUAUAAGGAUCACUAUGGUGAUCGACGUCCCCACGGAGACUCCUAUCGCAGUAGUUACCGCAACAGCAGCUCGCCGCGAAAAAGACCAUAUGAGCAGUACGGUGAUCGGGACCACAGGGGUCAUCGACCCUACUAUGAAAGGCAUCCAGACCCCAAAAGAAGACGUACCGAUGAAUUCCGUCCGACUAACUACCACCAGGGGAGAGAAGGCCCUCUUCAGGACUUCAGGAGGAUGCCAGAGCACAGGCCACCGGGCCCGACUGGGCCAGAGCACUACAGGCCCUUCCACCCAGACAAACCUCCUCCUCUGAUGGACCCCCGCUCCCCACAGGCUCAGAAGUCUCCCCAGGACUCUCGCUCGCCACUCGAGCGGCCUGUAGAGCAGAAAGGAGGGGUAGACCCAAACUGGAACAACAGGAAAACAUAAGGCCUGCUAGUGGUGACUUACAAACUGAACUGUCCAGGGUCAAAGCCACAUGCUGCUGAUGGACAAGUCUGGAUUAGCCAAUCAUAAGCUCACAGUUGGAAAGGGAAUCAACACUUACCCUGUUUACCAGCAAAACCAAACUAUUACGCUCCUUCCCCUGAGGGACUGUGGCUGUGAAUAUGUGCCCAAAAUGAAGAAGUGGGUUUCCUCCAGUCAUCUUCAUGAUGAUGAAAAAAGUAAAUAGCUCAUGCAUCUUUAUUUAAAUAAAAUGACUUGAUCAGUCCAUGUUUAGACUGUGUAAUGCUUAAGGAUGCUUAGUCCCAUGGACUACUAUCUAAGGAAAUACAUCAACUGAUGACUGAUCUCAAUCCUAAAAGUGCCUGAAGGAUUUGGCCUUUUGAAUGGUAAAUGUAUGGGAUUAUUCUUCCCAAAGGAUCAUGGACAUUCUUUUUUUUUUUUUUUUUUUUGUUUAGCUUUAAGUCUUGCAAUUGAUGUCAUUAGCAGCAUUUCAGUACAAACGAAUGUGUAUUAUGUGAUCAUGUGCGCACCUUCAAAUGUUUAUCUUGACCAUGUAGCUAGGGUAUCAUGGGGUACAAAUGCAUUUCUCCCACUUUUAACAAAAGGGGAUGGAUUUGUUAGCAGUUACAUGUCAAUCGUACCAGUCAGUUUUGCUCUAAAUACUAUUCAACAGAAGGUUGAAAAGGUUUUAGCGACUUCACAUUUCUCUUGUGUACAGAUAAUCAUUAUUUCUGUAUUUGUACAGCUAUAUAAAUCAUUGCAAUCCUCCUGCUUUGAUCACCUUAACCACUUCUUCUGUCAGUGGGCCUAAUGAAAUGAAAGCUUUCUAAACAGUAUUUAUUACAACAGAGUGUGCAGAGGUUCAAAACACUACAACUUAGAACAAUAUUUUCUUUUUGUCCGUCAGUAUUCUGAUGAAAUGGUAAGAAUGGUACUUCAUGGCAUAGAUUCACUGUUUUCCCACCCGUAUUAGUGUUCAUUUAUGUCUGAAAAUGAUUGUUAAAAACACACAUCCUUCCCUUACCUAUGGUUUGGCAAUAUUUUUGAUUUCCAGAGACAUUUGUGCUCAAAUGCUGGCAGUUUGUUAAAAUAUUAUUUGGGGAGGUGAUGAUGUUUGAUUACACUGAUUACUUUCGGUCAUUCUUUCCCCCGUGCCAAAUGUGUGUGUGGUUCUACUCCGGCCCUUGUUUUUGUUUUUUAGUAUCGAUUGUUAUGCUUCUCCAUUUGUGCCUUAUUUCUGUGUGUAUUAUCAUACUGUAUAUGGGUUCAUGGACAGUACUGUGGUCUAAUAUAGGCAGGAUGCAGUAUAAACACGACACGUUUUAAGGACACUGCUCUGAAUGGCUGAAUAGUAGUAUUCAGAGACAACUGGUGGAGGGACCACUUAUGCUAUUAAUUUGUCAUGUGGUUCUAUGAUUUCCAGAAAAUUUGGGGGAAAAUAUAAACAUUAAUGUAAGAAAUUUUGUGUUUUGUCCGGGGCACAAAGCCAACCAGUUACAAUAAACAGCCAACACAUCCUCCUUCCACGGUGAGCAAGCUACAGUUCCUGUAUAUGUUCUUUGAGCAAGCCUAAAUAAUUUAUAUUUGUGACAAAACCACUCUUCAUGGGAAAUGUGCUGUACAUAUGUUUGGACAUAUGUAAUAAACUUUGUUACAUAAUGAAA